AUGAAGAACGGUAACAAUAACAACACAAAGCUCAUCCUCCUCCACCCCUAUAUCCAGAAACAAGGAGGGUCCAAUCGCUUAUGGCUCCUUGCCUUUGUAUCCUUCUUCACCAUUGCCUUCCUCCUCACACUAAUCUAUACUAGAGAAUCCUUGCCCACCAAAACAGCCACCAGCGCCACCAUGACCACCGCCAGCACCACCGGGAACAAUGCGCCAUUGCCCACCACAGUCAUCAACACACUCCUCCACUAUGCCUCUAGAUCAAACGACACCUUUCACAUGCCCUACAAUGAAAUCAAACCCAUCUCUGAUGCCCUCAGGAAAUGCUCAUCUCCAUGUAACUUUCUUGUUUUUGGCCUCACACACGAGACCCCUCUCUGGAAAGCCCUAAACCACAACGGACGCACAGUUUUCAUCGAAGAGAACCGCUACUACGCGGCAUACUAUGAGGAGCUGCAUCCUGAAGUUGAUGUCUUUGACGUCCAAUACACAACCAAGAUGACAGAAUACAGAGAACUCAUAGCCUCGGCCAAGGAACAGAUACGCAACGAAUGCAGGCCUGUGCAGAAUUUGCUCUUCUCAGAGUGCAAGCUUGGGAUUAAUGACUUGCCUAACCAUGUCUACGAGGUGGACUGGGAUGUGAUCUUGAUCGAUGGGCCUCGAGGGGAUGGACUGGAAGGGCCAGGGAGGAUGACACCAAUCUUCACAGCUGGUGUUCUUGCUAGAAGCAAGAAGGCUAGCAAUGCCAAGACUCACAUAUUUGUACACGAUUACUACAGAGACGUGGAGAGGGUUUAUGGGGAUGAGUUCUUGUGCAGGGAGAACUUGGUGGAGCACAAUGACAUGCUUGCACAUUUUGUGGUGGAGAAGAUGGACGAGAAUAGCUUCCAGUUCUGUCGUAACCGGACAUCAAAAUCACCCAAAUCUUCCUGA